UCAACACUUCACUUCUAUUACUGGGCUUCGGGGCGGGAGGGCUUUCUCUUUCAUCUUCUGAGUUCGGGGUUGCCCACGUUCCUCGGGAAACUGUAAGGCUGACUUAAUGGUUUAGGAUGAAAAUCGAUCAGGCUAAAGCAGAAGCUAAUGUCUGAGGAAUCGCAACAGAAAAAAUGCCUGGCGAGCCGAACGCACUCCGGAAGCCUGGGACGAGGAGGGCCGGUUGGGCUGCGGUGCGGCGUUCCCCAGUCCCCUUGGGUACGUGGGGGAACCCUGCGAGGCUGGUAAGGGGGAAAGCACGCGGGUUAAAGAAGGAUAAAAUCUCAAAACCGAGCCCGGGCCUUCGCUAGGCCGGCUCCUCGGCUGGCGAUUUUUUCCCCGCGGGUCGCCGCCGCCACCACCGCGGCGGGCUGCGGUGGCUGCACGGCGACUCGGAUCUGGCUGGACGCGCGCCGCGGAGGCCGGGGAGAGGCGCCGCCAAGCUCCAUUCAGAAAGUCCGGGCGCUGCCGCUCGCCCGCGGGUCGGAGGCCUCCUCCCUCUUCCUCUAGGUCUUGGUUUUAUGAAUGGGCCUGGCGGCGAGCGCCGCGCGCCCUGUUUACUCCGCUCUUUGUGACGUCGCGUCCCCGUGACCGGGCGCGAGCGGCCGGCACUCCAUUCAAGCGCCGGGGCGGGCGGAGCGGGAGAGAAGAGGAGCAUUAACAAAUCUAUAAGCCGAGGAGAGGAAACUCUGGCUGAGGCAGAGCUCGGAGCUCCGGCGGCUCGUGGGGAACGGCGGCCGGGACGGCAGCGCCGGCGGCGGCAGGAGCAGCACCGCGGGCAAAAUACAAUAGAGGCGACCGCAGAAGGGAACCCUCGGUCCUCUCCCGUAAACACACUCCCCUGCACCACCACCUCCCCCUUGGCACCGUGCUGCCUGGCGCCCGAGGCCGCUCGGACUGCUAUGUAACCGCGAAGCUGCGGGAGGAAGGGGACCGGGGAGAAGAGGUUCGGCCGUGGGAGCCCCUAGGGGCCAAGUUUGCGGCCACUUCUGCCCGCACCGUCCUUUAGCCCCCGCUCGCCCCUUCCUGCAGCCCAGCUGGCCCGGGCGUCCUUCGCCUCCUCGCGCGCCCAGCAGCCGCGGUUCCCGGCGACCAUGGUGACGGUGGAGGAGCUUCGGGAGAUGGACUGCAGCGUGCUCAAAAGGCUGAUGAACCGGGACGAGAACGGCGGCGGCGCGGGCGGCAGCGGCAGCCACGGCGCUCUGGGGCUGCUGAGCGGCGGCAAGUGCCUGCUGCUGGACUGCAGACCGUUCCUGGCGCACAGCGCCGGCUACAUCCGAGGCUCGGUCAACGUGCGCUGCAACACCAUCGUGCGGCGGCGCGCCAAGGGCUCGGUGAGCCUGGAGCAGAUCCUGCCCGCAGAGGAGGAGGUCCGCGCCCGCCUGCGCUCCGGCCUCUACUCCGCCGUCAUCGUCUACGACGAGCGCAGUCCGCGCGCCGAGAGCCUCCGCGAGGACAGCACCGUGUCACUGGUGGUGCAGGCGCUGCGACGUAACGCCGAGCGCACCGACAUCUGCCUGCUCAAAGGUGGCUAUGAGAGGUUCUCCUCCGAGUACCCGGAAUUCUGUUCCAAAACCAAGGCCCUGGCAGCCAUCCCACCUGCUGUGCCCCAGAGCACGGCCGAGUCCUUGGACCAGGGCUGCAGCUCCUGCGGCACCCCGCUGCACGACCAGGGCGGUCCCGUGGAGAUCCUUCCCUUCCUCUACCUCGGCAGCGCCUAUCACGCGGCCCGGAGAGACAUGCUGGACACCCUGGGGAUCACGGCCUUGUUGAACGUCUCCUCCGACUGCCCGAACCACUUUGAAGGACACUAUCAGUACAAGUGCAUCCCUGUGGAGGACAACCACAAGGCCGACAUCAGCUCCUGGUUCAUGGAGGCCAUCGAGUACAUUGAUGCGGUGAAGGACUGCCGCGGGCGCGUGCUGGUGCACUGCCAGGCCGGCAUCUCGCGCUCGGCCACCAUCUGCUUGGCCUACCUGAUGAUGAAGAAGCGCGUGAGGCUGGAGGAGGCCUUCGAGUUCGUCAAGCAGCGGCGGAGUAUCAUCUCGCCCAACUUCAGCUUCAUGGGGCAGCUGCUGCAGUUCGAGUCGCAGGUGCUGGCCACGUCCUGCUCCGUGGAGGCCGCCAGCCCGUCGGGGCCCCUGCGCGAGCGGGGCAAGGCCACCCCCACCCCCACGUCGCAGUUCGUCUUCAGCUUCCCGGUCUCCGUGGGGGUGCACCCGGCCCCCAGCAGCCUGCCCUACCUGCACAGCCCCAUCACCACCUCCCCCAGCUGUUAGAGCCGCUCGGAGCCCGCCCCCCGCAAACCAGUCGGCUCGCAGCCCAGGUUGGGUGCGGCCCUGUGCGGGCAGCAGGUCGGGACUGACCCGCAGAGGCCCGGCGACCAAGCUCCUCCCAUCCAUCUCUCCUUGGCCAACCGUGGGGCCAGCUAGAAUGGCAAUAAGGACCUCGAAUACAUAUUUAACGCAAACAAACAAAACACUCCAACUUAGAGCAAUAAUGGCUUCCUCGGCAGGCAGGGAAGACCUGGGUUUUGGUUUGUGUGUCAGUUUUACUUUUCAGAUAGGAAUUUCUUACCUCAUUUUUUUAAGCAGUAAGGCUUGAAGUUAGGAAACCCACAGAUCCUGGCAAAUGUGCCCACCCAGUUUUAUUUAGGGGGAGGGGGAGGGGGGAGGGCACGGAAGAGAAGGGACAAGAUAAAAAUGAGUUUGCCAGAAGUGCCUGGUUCUGUGUGCUCGGUCCUUUUGUUGUUGUAGUUAACAGGAUUUUUUUUUUUUUAAAGAAAUCUUUUAGGACAUGGUUUUCCUUCAGUCACCACCAACGGGUGAAUUAUUAUGCUUAAUAAUAAAUAAAAGUAUUUAUUAAGAAUUUCCUCAGUAUGUGAGUACAAAGUGUCUAGUGAUACUGAAUUUAGAAUAUAUUUAUGUUAGUGUGGAUCAGCGGAGCUCAACAGCAUGCAGACGUCACAGCAGAUCAGCUUGCAUUUGUUACCGCUGAGAACCGGGCAGGGUGAAGUGGGAGGAGGAGGGAAGGAAGGGACUGUUUUUUUGUUACAGUCUCCCUGGGUUUCCGCGGGCGGUUGGUUCCAGCAUCCCCUCCUUCCAUCGCAGAUACCCAAGUCCGUGGAUGCGCAAAUCCGCUGAUUCCGCAUCCGCGAAUACUGAGUGUGGGCUGUACUUUUGAAGUUGGUUCUUGGGCACAUGGACCACUGAUGCGAUUUGAAAUCACAACAAUACAGCCGUUUCUGAUGAUCAAUAACUCAGUUUGGCGGCAGAAGCAUUUUUCUCAUAGACCUGAGAACUUGUAUAUUGUCUGUGAUAAAUGCUAAAUCACAUAAGGUGCUCCUAAAAAAAAUUAGGUGCAGUUCAGAUUUUCCUGCAGUGAAUCAUCGGGGAAGGCCAUUGGGGAACCCAGCUAACGAGAGAUAGACCUGAAACGGAUCCUUUUGGAAGUGGAAGCACCAUCUUUUUUCUCUUUUGUGUAAAUUGGGGUUUUUAAUUUCAGAGGGUUUGCUUAGAAUGAAGCACACCAACAAAUCCUUGCAUUCUUAAAAUCCCUGGCGUAGGUGAAUAUUUUUAAAGGCCAUCUUGAAUAAAAAGAGGGGAGUGGACACCCCAUUUGAGGUGCCAUGGAAGCAAAAGAGCGUAAGGAGUUGGGCAGACUCUUUGCGGGGGAGCUGGCUGCAGGGCUUCUGUGACAGGCACCUGGGGCACUUGAGUGCUAUCUUAGAAUCCUUUCUGGGGAUAAUGCCAUUUUCAGGGGCCUUUCCAAGUGGAGGAAUGGCUUUUGGGGAAAGAAGGAAGUGGGUUGGGCUUGGGGGGAGGGAAGAGGGAACAAACCACGUGUUAUUUACUUUGUAGUGUUGUGGAAGUGUUGUUACCCAGUGCCAGGUUAGAGGUAAUUCCAAACUUGUCUAGAAAGGAGAGCAUGCUUUUUGGUUUUGUUUUUGGGUUCUUUUUAGUCCACUGAGGACCUAAGCGAUGCACAUUCUUGCUUACCCAUCAAGCCUCAAUGUCAGCAUAGUGUUGGGAUACUCCUCAUCCCACAUCCCAGACAGGACCAGGUUCUUUACAUUUCCUUCUAUAGACAUGAACCUGUGUUGGCAUCAUUUGGGUGUGGUCAGAGUUCCUGCAUCCUGUUUUUAGAGAAGCCCGAGGCCCCCUCCUUCUUCGGGAGCUGCUUGGCUGAAUCAUUAGGGGUGAGGCAUGGAGGGGUCGGGGUUCCUGGACACUGGGCCUAUUUAGAAACAGCACAGUUGGAUGUUGCCACUUUUUCCUUGAUUCCUGGAAGUCACUUCAUGUUUUGUGAUAAAUGAGGUCAAGUGGGUUGUACAGUAGAAAAAGUGUGGAUUCCAGCAAGCAGAUAGGCCUGCAGGAAGGACUGCUUGAGGGGGGAGGGAAAGUAGCUUAGAAGAGAGUCACUUUUUACAGAAUGAGUGUACGUUUGCCAAAACCUGUGCAUCCUGCUUUCCCAGACUGGAUUCCAGCUACCCAGGACCCACCCUAGCCAGGUCUUUUCCCUGCUUUCCAGUUCAAGUCUUCUGUCACAACAUCAAACCACUAUUUUUAAAGCCAUUUACUUUGUAUUCAGUAACAGCCCCCAAACUCUUAAAAAUCAAAUAAGAAAUUGGCUGGAUUGGAAACAGGGAUUUGGGGUCACUAUUCUCCCAUCAGAAGCCUCUUUGAUGACUUGGAAUAGCUGUAAUGAAGACAACACCGCAGAGUCCGUCCAAAUGGCCAAUGGGUUUCCAUAGGCGUCUCUCCCAUGGAGUGAUUUCUGGUGACACGAAAUUUCUGUCGCAACUGGAAAGCGUUGCCACUUUCACCAGUGAUCAACUGUCCUGUUGACAAAGGCAGUACGUUCACUGGAUCUUCUUUAGAGACGAGAAUUCUGCUGGUUCCCCCCCCGGCAUCUCUGUGUGACCCAAGGUUGUUGGUGGAGCCUCUUCUGAGCAGUAUCUGGCUGAAGCCGCCUGUGAGCCGGUGGCCGGGAGCUCCCAGCCUCAGUCGUGGCCUCCUGAGGCCAUUUCCCUCAGCUGCCCAUCCUAGCCUGAUUCAAGAGAGUUACCCACAAGGUUGGGAAGCCGUGAGAAAAAAUGUAGAUUCCUUGGGAAGAUGGGCCAAGGGAGGUGGGAUGGGUGAUUCAAACGUGAGGGGAAGGGUCUGUGAGACAGGAGGGGCCACCGAGCCUUCAGUUGGUAAAGUGGUGCUUCGCCCUGGCUGCCCUGUAAGCCUCAGCUGGGGAGCCUGGAAACCCUACUCGCAGGUGAUCCCAGACCAAGUACAGCAGGAUUUCUGGAGGAGGGACCCAGGCAUCAGGUGUCAAAGCUCCCCAGGUACUUUCUGUGCAUAGCCAAGUUUGGGAAAUUACUUUCUGGAUGGCAGGGUGCUCUUGGAGGCUGGGUCUUGAUUACACAGAGCAGGCUUGUCUGGCCGAAACCACAGCCAGAGGUUUGUCACUAGUUUAGUGUGGUCUCAUGGGCCAGUCCCAGCUCCACUGAGGGACAAGAUGCUCUCCGUCAGGAGCUCGGGGGGCAUAUGACCUGAACGAGGCGUCCUUUCACGAAAGUCAGCUGAUCUGUGGAGCGUUGUUAGGGAACUGAAUACAGUGUCUGGAUGUUGAUGUUCUUCCUUGAAAUUUUCCUUGUCUAUCAAGAAAGAUGGAGAGUGUCACCUCUUUGAAGAGGACCCUGCCCUUCCUGAGAAUUUGAGUCAUAAGAGAAAGAGGCUUCUUCAAGACAGAGCAAUGCAAUACUUGUAACUUCUGUAAAUAGCCCCAUCCUUAGAGUGAUGUCAUUUCUACAUUUGAUAUGCUUGUGUUUCUGUAGGAUGUAUAUAGUUUAGGGGAUUUUUUUUUUUGUUUGGUUUUGUUUUUUAGAAAAGUCAACAUGUCUAUUUUUAUUUAUUGCUUGAAAAAAAGAUCAUUUGAAGAAAAAUAAAUACA